AUGUCCAUACAGUCGCUCGUUUGGCUUCUCACUUGCAGCCUUGUUUACUUAGUCGGCUCCGGCUCCGCAGCGAAGGUUGUUUCUUACCCUGUCACCAGAGCCUUGGCUAGGAAUGAGCAAUUACUCCGUCGAGAGAUCUCUCAACGCUCUAACUUCCAAGAGUUACUAUCAAACAAUAAGUCUCGUGGCAUCUAUUAUGCCUCUGUUGAAGUCGGGACGCCGGCACAGAAGUUGUCAUUGUUGUUAAGCACGGGAAGCAGUGACAUCUGGGUCAUCGCAGAUACGGCAGCAGCAUGCAAAGAAGGAGGUUGUCUCACGUCUUUCAACCCGAAUACCUCACAAACCAUAUCUACAGUCUCGGCUGGUGGCUUUAACAUCACUUAUGUAGAUGGAACCUUUGCAAGAGGCGAUUAUAUCAAAGACAUUUUUGCAGUCGGAGACAAUGGUGAAGCUCGAAUUAUGCUCCAGAUGGGCCUCGCUAGUAACAUGACUGGCGUCCUGAGCACUAUUGAAGGGAUAAUGGGAAUCGGGUACUCAGGUCAAGUCGCCACGUCGAUUUUAUAUCCAAACUUCAUGGACCAGAUGGUCAGCAACGGACUUACAAAUACGAAAGUCUAUAGUCUGUGGCUAAAUUCCGUUGACAGCGAUACUGGUAGUAUCCUCUUUGGAGGCGUCGAUACCGAAAAAUACUAUGGGACGCUGUACUCGAUGCCAAUACACAAAGACAAGAAAGGAAAUUACACUACUUUCACAGUGGGGUUGACAUCAAUGUCCAUCACUCCUGAAGAUGGGACGACCAUUCCAAUCACAAAUCCCAGCUUUUCAACACCAAUCAUCCUCGAGUCAUCUACGACAGUGAUAUACCUACCAGGUGAAGUUGUGAGCACAAUUUACAGCUUGUUCGACGUCACUUUCACAAAUAGUACACCUUAUGUCGAUUGCAAGUACAGUAACUCAUCAUAUAUGACUUUCACAUUUGAGAGCGGCUCAGUGGUCAAGGUCGCUUAUUCGGAAUUGAUCAACAAGAUUUUCGUUUCCUCACCUGAACCAACCACCUUGCCAUUUUCAGAUGUUUGCAUACUGGGGAUAUUGGAAGGCUAUGUCCCAGGUGGCUACUUGCUUGGCGAUUUCUUCCUCCGAUCAGCGUAUGUUGUUUUCGAUCUGACGAACAACCGCAUCGGCAUUGCCCAAUCGAAUCAGAAGUCUGUCACAAGCAACAUUGUGGAAGUCCCACCAGGCGCAGCGAGCAUACCACAAUCCACCGGCGUUCCAUUUCCCAGUAAGACGCCCGUUUCAGCCCCAAGCGAGCUCCCAAGCACACUGUCAUCAAGACCUUCGGAGAGCGCCACCGGAAAGUCUUCUGGCAACAGCCACACAAUUGCAAUUGGUGUCGGCGUCUCAAUUCCAGUAGUCGUACUCCUUGCUGCCGCAUUUGGAUUCUGUUUUUGGUGGCGCCGUCGUCGUCAAUCUCAAUCUCGAUCCUCUCAACCACCGCCUGCACCAGUCCCAGUCUCAGAACUCGCUGACCCGUCCAAUAAGCACAAUCAUACGACGGAUAGCUAUUAUGGAGGGGGAGGUUUGUCUCCUACGAUUAAUGCUUCAGAGCUGCACUCUGCAAGUCAAGCCCCUCACUCGCCUGAGGAUGUGCAAGGAAACGUCACUCCGUCAGCGCCAAAUGCGGGCGAGUUGCCAAUGUAUCAUGAUGAUAGGCUUGAUAGACCAAUGUCGCCAAACUUGAAUGAUUAUCAUGACGAUCGGAGGCCAGUAUCGAACCUGACGGCAGUUCCGGAAAAUGAUGCACCAGGUCGGUGA